AUGUCUGGCACAGAUAGUUCCUCGUCUCCCUCUCCCUCUUCCUCACCGUCUCCAUCCCAGUCGGCACCUUCUCCACUGGGUUUCUUCCAGACCGAUGUCCAAGAAGGCAUUAUCAGCGCCUGCCUGAACUCUGCGAUGCUGUUCAACUUUCUAAUUGGGCUAUACACGAUGGUCUAUGCUGGUACAUUAUACCUCUACAUGACGCGAAUCCCCUUUUCCAGAGCGCGCCGCGCGGUGACAUGUGCACUCACACUGCUCUACAUAUUCUGCGGCACACAGUGCAUCGUCGCGUGGUACGCGCUCAAUCUGGCCGUCGUCACCAACGGUGACACACGGCUGAGCAUUGUGCUGUCGGUGCUUACGGGCGGGUCGCAGAGCGUAUGGGCGCUCGGGCAGGUGAUGGGUUGGAUGGCGGUUGUGUUGGCCGAUGGAUUUUUGAUAUGGAGAUGUUAUAUGAUAUGGGGGCAGUCAUUGCGUAUCAUCUUCAUCCCUCUCGGCCUGCUGGUCGCAGAAACAGCCCUCUUCAUAACCAGCACCGUCCUCUCCUCCAUCUCCCACGCCCUCACAGCGCGCAUCACCUCGAACAUCACCGCCAUUUUAUCAACCAUCACCCAUAAUAAAUUGACUCUCCCCAAGGCGACCGCCCUCGCGCAGCAGUUUGCGCUGCUGGACGAGCUGGACGCGACGAGCGCCGGGAACACAGCGGGAAAUGCGAAAGCGGCCGCUGCGUUCGUGUCGCUCGGGGCUACGGCGAUCACGGCGUUUUUGAUUUGGUAUAGAUUGGUCUGCAACUCUGCUGCGUCGUCUUUAUCGCAGGUGGACUCUAGCAACUUCCCGGCAUCUCCACCAGAGAAAAUGAAAGGGAAAGCGGCGUCGAAGCCGAUGAGCGCGCCGAGGAAGGUGCUAGCGCGGAUAGGCGCGUGGUUCGCACGCGUCGGUGUGCUGUGCAUCGAGUCCGGCGCGGUGUACGCGCUCGUGCUCCUCGUAAGCGCGAUCACGACGCUGUUGUCCGUGAUGAGCCCGCAUGCGUUCGGGUCGGCCGUGGCGAACGCCAAUACUUACGUAUCGUUCGUGCUCAUUUUCGCUGCGGGUAUGACACCAACCCUCAUAAUCGCGCACACCGUACUCUGCCCGACUGUAGGAGGCACCAAAUCCGUAUCUCCAGUAUUAUCCAAGCUCUCGGGCCUACAAUUCCAAUACCAGUCGCAGAACCGCAGCGGGACCCGGACACACGCGACGAACACGACGACGGGCGGCGAGGUGGUGGUGUCGUUCCAUACCGCCCCGGAGGAGCCUUGGGGGGCGGAGGAGAAGGAGAGGACGAAGGGCAUUGGGAUUGGGAAGGGAAUUGGGAAGGGCAAGGGGAAGAACAAUGCUAAUGGGGAGAAGACGCUGCCGUUUGAAUAUUCGUAUGAGGUUUGA